UGUGGCCAGUUUCAUACUAAAAAUUCAUAAUCGAGCACGUUUCUUUUAUGUUUAAAAAAUGUUAUCCCAAAUUAAUCUUGCAGUAUCACUCGUACUGUUAGUUUGCGUGGAAGCUAGAAUACGUGUUUAUGUUACUGAUACGCCGAUAGAAAAAAUUGGCAGUAGAUUAUAUAAAAAGGAAUUAUUGACGGAUAAAUUUAACGACCCGAAAGAACUGGCAUACGAUUCAGCGACCAGAAAUCUAUUUUUCAUGCACAUGGACGAUUUAAUACAGAAUUCCGGAAGAGCAUACGUCAAUAUCAUAACGAAAGAUACUAUGAAAAUUAAUGGUAUAGCAAGAAAUAAAGCUACAGCUGUGGAUGCCGAAAAUGGUGAAGUUUAUUUUGGAUCGGAUAACGGACUGUACAAAUACGAUCCGUUAUUGGGAGAUGCUGUUAACAUAGGACUUUACAAUAUGAACAUAUUAAAAAUAGUGAUCAGGAAUAAUGAAAUGUACGUUAUAGAUGCUAACAAUCAUAAGAUAUACAAGAUAUUCGAUCAAGGCUCCAAAGCAAUUCUAGUUGGCAAUAUGAAAUCUGUAUUAGAAUUCGACGUAGAUUAUUAUAAAAAUAUACAUUAUGUGUCUAUGUGUGGUGUUUAUUGUGCUUUGAAUGGUGACGAAAUAGUGAAAAACAAGGAUUUGACUGUUGUAUAUCAUUUUAUAAGUGAUGAAUAUACUACUUUUGGUGUUACGGAGAACGGGUUGUAUGAAAUCGACUGUUUUAACGGUACUGCCAAGCAUGUGGCUAAUUUGAGUUUCUUUCCUAGAAGCAUAAUCUUUGGUGAUUAUGGCGAUAUAUUCUACUCAGUUGAUAACAGUAUCUUUAGAUUGAAACCUAUUAGUUCGUAUACGGUUUAUAACGUAAGGAGGAAAGAGACGUGAUUUUUGUGUAGGUAAUUUUUGUGUUACUGUUGUUUCUGGUACUUCAUUAAACUUAUCAUAAUUAAGUGAUUAAAUUAUUAAGCUUCGUUU